UUUAUAUCGUUCUAUCGUUCAAUGAGAAAAAUAAAAUGCAAUUUGUCAAAAGAGUACACAGUACAACGAAAGUCAAAAUAAAUAAUGUACUUUAUUUACACAAUAACAAUUUAUUUAAGUUUUAGCAGUUGUUUUAUAUGUUUAUAAAAAAAAGUCAAUUAAUAGAUUACUGUAAUAUCUUAUUGUGUAUUAGGAAUCUCGAAGACUAAGUUAAUAUCAUGAAUAGCAAGAUAUUAAAUACAAUAGCCAAUGCCAUAGAUAAUAGAGAAGAGUUAAAAAAGAGAAUAGAAAAUGGUAAAAUAAUUCAUCAAGAAUUAUUAAAUUGCAUACAAAAUUGCCAGAAUCGUUUUGGAGGGAAGUCGGAGUUAGCCACAGAAGAUGAUAUAAGAAUAGCUCAACUAUGUGAAAAAUGGGAGAAAUUGCUUAGCCAUGGCAUUAGAACUAAUUUAUCAAACUCAGCAAUUCAGAAUUUGGUUACAGCAGGUUUAAACUUCACUUUUAAUAUUGUUAAUGUUGGUAACUCUCUCUGGAGUUACACUUGCUUACAUUUGACGAAACAUGAAAAAGAAAGAUUCAAAAUUCUAACGAAUAUUAACACACCACUUGGAUACUUCAGAGCAUUUCUAAGAGCAGCUUUGAAUGAAAGGUCUCUUGACAGAUAUCUUCAGAGCUGGAUUAGUCAUGGCCUGCUAAUGGAAUAUUAUGAAGAAGGUGCUCUCGUCCGAGGCCCUGAAACAUCACAUCUUUUACCAAGCAUGGCUGCAGGUUUAUCAACAGUAUUGUUUGCGUUAUCAAUUGACAGACCAGAGUUGAAUGACUCACAACAAGCUAAUCAAACUAACAAAGCAGAACAUGUGAUACCUUUACCAAUGCCAGUAAAAUCAUCGAGUAAUUUAAAACGCAAGCCAUUGAGACAAGUUAUAUCCUUUGACAAAAAUGAACAGAAAAAUACCAAGAGCAACAAAAAACAAGUAUUUGGAGCAACAGAACAAGUAGAUAAUUCCGCUUGGAACAGUGCACCAGCCACUUGCCUCAAUUCACCAGAUCCCAAAAUAGUUGCCCAGGCUGCCUCAAGUAGUGAACCCACUAGUUCAGAAUACAAAACCAGUUUAAGACAUUUUUUUCCUGACAGUGUCAAAGUUAUGGACAGUCCUUCGCAAAUUCUGUCCAAACUUUCUGAAUGUGCAAAGGAAAUAUUUUCAUCUUCCAACAGUAUUGAUGUAAACAAUGUCAUCAAAGAUGAUGUUUCAGAAUUAAGUAUAAAUAAUUUAAAAAUAUCAGAAAGUGACAGUGAAGAAGUGGCGGGAAGUAUUGAUGGCAGUACUUCAUGUUUAGAACUCUGCUUUACAGAGGACGAAAGUACACCAGAUGAUAAGACAUUAAAUGCGAUAUUAGAAAGUAAGGAAAAAGAGUAUUUAAAUUUGCAACUAAAAUACACUCAGAUGGAAGUAGCUAGUAAGGAAAAAAUUAAAAAGUUAGAAAAUGUAGUAUUGGAUCUGAGCAAAGAAAAUGAUCGAUUAAAAGAGCAACUGCGGCAUUACAUGUCAGCUGUUGAAAUCGCGAAAGCUUUAAAAAGUGAAAACGUAGACAACACAGAAGUAGAUCAGUAUGAAAAGAAAUUAGUUCAGGUAGCUGAAAUGCAUGCUGAAUUAAUGGAGUUCAAUACGUAUCUACAACAGCGGCUUAAAGAGUACGAGAGUAUAUCGGCAUUAGAAGUGCUGGAUUACCCUGAGUCUAAUGUGAAGGCACAUAUACCGACUGCAUUCCUAGUUGGGAAGAAAACACAUUCAUAUCAUGUUUAUCAAAUUUAUCUGAAGAUUGGACAAGAAGAGUGGAAUGUAUACCACAGAUACGCAAAAUUUCAUGAACUACACACGCAGCUCAAGAAAUGUCAUCCUGAUAUAGCGACGUACAAAUUCCCACCAAAGAAAACAUUACGGAAACGAGACGCUCAUUUAGUGGAACAGCGGCGAGUGGCUUUACAGGCGUAUUUGCGACACAUACUGCUGGUGUUACCGGAGCUUAGGGAGUGCACCAACCGCACACAACUCAUCACUUUAUUGCCAUUUUUUGGAACAUCUUCCACUACUAAGGAGAAUGGGUUUAAUAACCCCCUAGAUCGUCAACAAUCGAAUGACUCUAUUUCGUCGUACAAUGCACUAUGAUAUAGUUUGAUAAAUAAGAACAUUCCUAAGUUAAUAAGUACAGUAUAUUACACCAGUGCGUAAACAAAAACUAUUAGAUAUUUUUUCCCAAUGUAGAAUAUAUUAUUAAAGUUAAUUUAUUUUUUGUUAGUAUGUUGUGUGUUAGAUGAAAAUUGACUACCGUAAUAUUAGAAUAUGGUGGGGCUUUUGCAAAUAUUACACAUGCGUAUUAAACAUAUAUUUUAUAAGACACAAAUAGAUAUAAAACUAUGUACAUAUGUAAAAACGAAUUUAUAAUUUGUGUACCUAUUUAUUCAAGUGCUUGUUGUUGGAAACCUAGAAUUAUUUCACAUGGCAAAUUUUAUUAUAGUAAUGAAAAUAGACCUUUACCUGAAAGUAAUUUUAUACGUUAAAGUAUAUUAUGUGAUGCAUCUGGUUUGUCUUACAAAUCUGGUGAUUUCCACAUAUCUACUGAGUCAGUAUUAUGCUUAUUCCACAAGCCUGAUUUUUAUCUUGUAAUAUUCUAAUCAGUCUAUCCCAUGUGAUGUUACUUGUUUUAUAAAUAAAGACAUAUGUAUAUUAGAUGAAAUCUAUAGUAAAUAAGAACAAGUCUAUUUUAAUUUCUAACAUCGUUGAAAAGAUACAUAAUUUAAUAAAUAGAUCUUAAACUAGGUACUUCUUUCUUUUUUGCAAUAUUUCAUAGGCAGUUACUAUUCUAUGUUCUUCAGUGCACACUGCACCGUGUUCAAAAUUAAAUAGGAAACCAAAAAUUAUUAAGUAGACUUUAUAACAGAGUCAGAGCAAAGUAUACCUACCUAUGCAUAAAUAUUUCUAGGUUUCUGUAAUGAGCUACAACCUGAAAUAUCGAAUAUUUUAUACAUGUUAUUUAGGUUGUAGAAAAGCGUUAUAAAUAAAUAACAGUAAAUGACUCAGAUAGCAUGUGAAUUUUAUUUUCCAUCAUAUAUCGAAUAUCCAUAGAUAAAAUUAAUAGUACAAAAAAUACCGAUAUCUAACCAAAACCGCUGUAUCUAUCGCUGGUUAGGUACAGUAAAACGGGGUGAAUAGGGAUAGAAGAGGGGUGAAUAGAUACUAUGAAGAAUUUCCCUGUACCUAUUCACCUCUUUUCUGUCCCUAUUCACCCCGUUUUGCGGUAAGCAGUGCGUACCUAACUUCCCUCCGGAAGUAUACGUUCAUCUUUGGAGCACAAGAGCCGAUGUUCAUAUUGCCUCACCCUCAUCUCACCGACCCGGCAAUGGCAUCCAUCAAACUGUAGUCAAAUUGAAAACAAAAUAAGGAAACUAAACUGCUAUGAAGCAUAGUUACUACUUCGGCCUUUAUUUUGUUUAACCUUUUGAACGCCACGGACGUUUAUAGACGUCUAACGAAAUCGUGCCAAACACGCCACCGACGUCUAUAGACGUCAAGAAAACGACAUUUUUUAAAUACAAAAUAAAUAUACUAAAUUAAG